AUGAUCACAUCAAUACGACCCAUCCUCCCCGCCAGCCGGUGUGUCGCAUCUUUAUCGCGGCUGGCGUCAACACGACCCCUGCGCGCAGCCCCUCUCCAGACACUACGAUACCCGCCAUCCUUACGAGCCUUCGCUUCGACAUCCAGAUCACCGUCCACCUCACCGCCCUCGCGCAAGCCAUACUACAUCACCACGCCGAUCUUCUACGUCAACGCAGAUCCGCACAUUGGGCACCUCUACUCGGAUGUCAUCGCCGAUGUCUUCGCUCGGUGGCAUGGCUACAUGCAUUCUGGCUAUUCUCCUUCCUCCUCCUCUUUGCCGGAAGACGAUGCAGUGAGACCACUGCUCAGCACGGGGACGGACGAGCACGGGCUGAAGAUCCAACGAGUCGCCGAGAGCGCCGGCGAAGACCCUCGUCUGCUGUGCGAUCGCAUCAGUGGGCGGUUCAAGGAGCUAGCGGACGCGGCCAACAUCGACUACACGGGCUUCAUCCGCACCACCGACUCCGAUCACAAAAUCGCAGUCGAGCACCUGUGGCGCACUUUACGCGACAAGGACCUCAUCUACAAAGGCUCCCAUGAAGGAUGGUAUGCUGUCUCUGAUGAGGCAUUCUAUCCCGAAUCCGCCGUGCACAAGGUCAGCAACCCCACGGGUGAGGAGAUGCAGAGCAUUGAAACGGGUGCUCGAGUCGAAUGGUCCCAGGAGGAGAACUACAAGUUCCGUCUAUCUGCGUUCCGUCAACCUCUUCUGGACUGGCUCCGAGCCGACGCGCGGUCGGUGCAGCCGGCAAAAAAGCACGCCGAAGUGCUCGCCGAGGUGGAAGCUGGGCUUUCGGACCUCUCGAUCUCGCGCCCUCGCAGCCGGCUGUCCUGGGGCAUCCCCGUACCCGAUGACCCAGACCACACGAUCUACGUCUGGGUCGACGCGCUGACCAACUACCUCACCGUCACUGGCUACCCUCUCUCGCCGAAGGCGUGGCCAGCAGACGUCCACGUGGUGGGCAAAGACAUCCUGCGCUUCCAUGCGAUCUACUGGCCCGCCCUUCUGCUCGCUGCCGGUCUCCCCCCACCCAAGACGGUGCUGGCCCACGCACACUGGACCAUGGGCAAGGCAAAGAUGUCCAAGUCGCGCGGCAACGUGGCGAACCCCUUCGAGGCAAUUCAGCUGUUUGGGUUGGAUACGCUGCGCUUCUUCCUCAUGCGGGUAGGGGGGAGCUUCGGCAGCGAUGCGGAUUACAAUCCCAGUGUGUUGGUCGAGUACCAUCGGAAGCAUCUGCAGGGUCAGCUUGGUAACCUUUUGUCACGCAUUUGCGCACCCAAGAUCCAUGCUCGGCUGGAGGGCUUCCCCCAGGACGCAACGACCAACUGUCUCAUCCGACCGUCGAGAGAGCAACUCGAUCCGCUGAUGGACGCCGACGCCCUCGCCCUGUGCCAGAAUCUCGAAGCGGCCCUCCAGGAGUUGCCCUCCAAAGCGGAUAUGGGGAUGCACGCCUUCGAACCAGCCAAAACCCUCGAAGCCAUCUUCACCACCAUCGCUAUGGCCAACGAGCUCACCGCCCGCCUCGAACCGUGGUCCCCCCAAACCCCCGUGCCCGUGGUGGUGGAGUGCCUCACGCUCGUCACCGAGUGUCUGCGCAUCAGCGGCUUGUUGCUGCGCCCCUUCAUGCCAGGCAAGAUGGUCGAGCUGCUGGACACGCUCAAGGUGCCCCCCGAACAGAGGGUGAGGAGGAAGGAUUUGAUCGUCACGGAUGGCGAAGGGAGACUCGUCUCGCAUGUCGUGCAGCGGGGCAAGGGCGAGGGAAAGGCGAAACCGCUCUUUCCGAGGAUAGAAGUCGAGGUGUGA